UUACGUUCUCUUGCUUUCAGUUCAAGUGGAGUGCUCUAAACGGCCGGUCAUGAGACUGGGACUUCAACUCUUUGGUGUUUACUUCUUCGCAACUUCCAUCCAAGCUGACUCGAGGCGAGAUGCAAUAGACGGUAGCUAUGGACUCCGGAUAAAAGAUUCGACAGCAGGGGAGCACAGCUUUAGCGAAGGUGCGGUUUAUGUGGAAGGAACGUCAUCAUUAGCUCCUGUGCAUCAUGAAGAUGCUGUAGGUGGCAAUGAACAUGAUACUGCAAUACACGAAGUUGAGGUCGUAGGCUCAGACGUCCAUGAACAUGGCAGUACGAUAAUAGGUGGCAGUGUUGGGGUGAAUUUCGAUACCACUGAUCAUGAUUACAGAAGUAAUAUACAGCACCUUCAGCGUAAAAAUGUCUAUUCAGCUGCUGUCGGAUCUGUCCUUGAAGAUGGUCACACCGCUUCAGUGCAUGCUUUGAGAGAAUCACACGGUAGUUCACCAACCUCUUACUCUAAUGAAGAGAUUAUUUCAUCUGAUUUAGUUACGCAUGAUACCCUCUUUGAUGAUGCUGGACAUAAGCAUUCAGUUGUUGUUAUUGGACAUGGAAAUACAGGAGAUUCAAGGUAUGGGGGUUCAGGUGACAUAAGUCACAGAAGUUUUGGUGAUACAGUCCACAAGAAUUCAGACGACACAGAUAUUUCAGAAGUUGUUAGUGAUGGAGAGAGCAAAAGUGAUCAUGAUGAUUCUGACGAUGACUCAAGUCCAAUUCCUGUGUAUAAUGGUGGUUUAAAGUUUGAAUCACACGACUUAGAAGAUUCUGAUGAACGUAGUCGUGAGGAAGAAAGCUUAGAAUAUGAGUCCCCUGAUGAUCCUAUUCAUGAAAGUUUUACUGGUUUUCAUGAAUCAAUCCCAGGACAUAGUUCUCCUGAAACGGAACAUGCAGGGUUAGUUGGACAAGACCAAAAUGGUAAGGGGUCUCAGCCUUCUAAAGAUGAAAGCCAUAAUUUUGAAAUUAGUCACAUUCAGAGCAAUACUGCAGCACAUGGAGUAGAUACUUCAUUGCCCAACACACAUCUAGGAUCAGUUUCAACUGAACAUGGUGACUUAAAUGGAGAAAAACACAUCGUCUUUUCCAGUGAAGAAAACGAUGCCCCUAAAAUUGGGGUUCAAGGCUCUUUUGCACAAUCUCACACUGCUACUAAUGAUAUUAAUGUUGGAGACUUAAUACCUACUGGUGUUGGUUAUAAAACAUAUGAUAGCUCUAGUGGACAAAACACACUUAUCUUUGGAAAUCAAGUUUCCAAUGGUCUAAGCCAUGGCGGAGCUACAGAUAUUGAACGUGAUCGGUUAGCGGUCACAGGUUAUAAUGAUGCUAAUACUUUAAGCCAUGGAGGGUCUCUUUUAUUAGGUCACAGAUUUGCCCCAGUUAUUAGACAUCAUGGACUGAAUGGUAAUGAACAUGGCAAAACUGAUGAUAGCGAAGAAGAAAAAUCAUUUGAUUCUGUUGACAAUGGUGCCACUAUUUCUAGCCACGGAGGACCUGCUGGUAUAGCCACCAGUGACAGUAGAUCCAUUUCUGCACAGCAUCAUAAUGCACUAUUAAUCAACCAUGGAAGACCUGCGAAGCUACAUGUAGAUAACCCUGUUACACUUGUUCAUGGAAGUUCUCCUGCUGUAGGACAUUAUAAUACUGUAUCUACCACACAAGGACAAACAAUAAACUUUUUAUCUGAUGUUCCUUUGCCUGUAGGUAAUCUAGGAUCUGGCGUAAGACUUGGAGGUAUUUCACCAGUACCUUUUGGCGUUCCUCUUAGUACAAAGCAAACAUUGCUUCGCGGUGUUGGCCAAAGGGCUUCUGUUGUUAUUGGACCUGGAAGGACUACAAGUGUUGGCCAUGGGGUAGCCAGUGAUCACUACCACGGCAUAGUUGUGCCCAGUAUUCAUGGUGCUUCCGAGGGAAUUCCACAUAAAAAUAUUGCUUUAGAAAAUCAUGGGAGAUUAGUUGGAACAGUUCAGGGAACCAGUUCAACUUCCGGACAAGAUAUCCGUGCAGGUUUUCCCAAAGGGCCUGAACAUCAUAAAGACUCAAAUCCCGGUACAAUUAGUUCAGCUGGUCAGGGUAGGUCUAGUGUGGAUGUUUCAAGUGGCUCCAUUGGCAAUGCAUUUAGGAAUAGAGAACAGGUACAUAAAAACUUGGCUGUCCUGCAGCCUAGAGAUUUCAUAGGCUUACAACAUGCAACUUCUAGUCCAAAAAUAGUUGCAAGAGCUUCUGUCAGCUUUAACCUUGGAGCUCCUAGAAGUAGACAUAGCCCCAGCAGUGGAACUUUAUCAAAGAAAACAAAAGGGAUAUUUGGAAAAGAAUUUGGCGGAUUUCAAGUAGGGCAAGGAGAGAUUCACGCAGGUCUUGCUGAUGUAAGUCACAGAUCACUGAGAAGAAAACGUAAUAGUGCUUCACCAAAACAAGAGUCUAGAACUUCAAACAGUCACGUUCUUGAUGGAUUAAUCAUGUAAGUGAUUCAUCAUAAGUCAUAAUGUAAUCAGUGAUGAUUAUGUGGUUAUGUAUGUUUAAUUACAUUAUAUAUUGUUAUUUUGUUUUAAAUUUUUCUUAAAUUUUUUUAAUAAAAACUACUCCA